CUCAGACUCAGAGCUACCAUCAGCGCUCUAAACGCCAGUUACCUUUCUGCUGGCCAUGUCCACGUCCACGAGCUGCCUGAUUCCUGGGGGCCAAGAUCGGCUGCCAGAUUGCUACAGCACCACGCUGAGGGGCACGCUGUACGCCACUACCCCAGGAGGCACCAGGAUCAUCUACGACCGAAAGUUCCUGCUGGAGUGCAAGAACUCACCCAUUGCUCAGACACCCCCCUACUGGCUCCCUCAGAUUCCCGGAGUCACAACUCCUCCAGCAGCCCCACCCUCCAAGCUGGAGGAACUGAAGGAGCAGAAGACAGAGGAAGAGAUACUCGAUGAUGCACAAUUCGAAAUGGACAUCUAAUCCUGUACAGAUGACCCCAUGUGUGGAGUUAUAGAGGGAUCCCUCCUCAUGCCGCUGCUGCCACCUCUUCCUGGGCUAUCCAAAGGCCAAUUGGCCUCAUCUAAUCUGGAAGGGAGUGACUUGUUGGUUCUGGGCCUCCUUUAGUUCUGAGGCAGCAAGACCAGAGAUAGGAGUGGGCAACUUGCCAAGCCCUUAGCUCUACUUUCUCUUUGGUCUGUAGGUACUCCUCCCAACCCCCAGCCCUUUCUUUGCUCAGGGGCUGGGGGCUAGGGGGAUGGAGUAUGUCACCACCCUCUGGCUGCUUAGUAAACAUUCAGAGA